AGGCUUCUCCAUAGUUCAGACUGCAGCACCUACGCUGCACGGAUCUUGUGUCAUAGCUCUCUCCUUUGGAGGGAACAAAACGCACACGCAUUUGAGUUUGAGAUUUUAUGUCAUGAAGGAAAGUGGUGUCAUCUUCUUGCUAGGUCUACUUGAAGGCAUAUUGAAUGAGCUUGUGCGCUAAUUUGUUGUGUGGAUGAUGUAUCAUGUGAUUUGUUGAACUGCGUUUGAAAUUAAUACCUUAUACGGUUUUCGCAAGAGGAACACUCAGCCAGUUAUAACAAAAGAUGCAGGAAUCCACAAAGCCAAGACAUGAAUUUUGCGUGGGCCAACGAGUACAUGGAUCUGGUGAUUCCAAGAGAAUUGGUACAGUCAAGUAUGUGGGGCCUGUAGAAGGCUAUCUUGACUCAUGGGUUGGAGUUGACUGGGAUAAUGGAGAAGGAAAACAUGAUGGUUCCAUCAAUGGUGUCCGGUACUUUCAUGCAAAGUCUGAAAGAUCAGGGUCAUUUGUUCGUCCCCAGAAUCUGAACCAAGGGAUUUCAUUGCUGGAAGCUCUUGAAAGCAGAUAUAAAAGUGAGUCUACUAAAGAUGAAGAAGAUGAAAUGUAUGUCCUUUCAACAAGUGACCAUCGAGUAUCUGUUCAACUUUUGGGUAAAGAUAAAAUUCAUGCUAAGUUAAGUCGGUUUGAGGAGUUAACCAAUCCAUCAUUGUCAUAUAUGGGCAUUAGUUCCCCUGGAAUUCCAUCUCACAUUAGUACUACAGUGCCAAAUAUAAAAGAACUUGAUCUGACUGGGAACUUGCUUUCAGAGUGGAAGGAUGUUGGCACAAUUUGUGAACAGUUACCUGCUCUGAGGACUCUAAACUUAUCUAACAACUUAAUGUCACCAUAUAAAUCUGAGCUUCCAUUACUGAAAAGCAUCCAUGUUCUGGUUCUGAAUAAUACUGGUGUAGAUUGGGACCAGGUUGAACUUCUUAAACAAUCCUUAACAGCAAUUGAAGAGCUACAUGUAAUGGGAAACAAUAUAAGCAGAAUACUGCCCGGGUCAUCUUCCAUGGUUCAGGGAUUUGAUUUUUUGCAGCUGUUGAAUUUGGAAGAUAAUUGUAUAGCUGAUUGGAAUGAAAUCAUGAAGCUUUCUCAGCUAAAAUGUUUGGAGCAGCUUUAUUUAAAUAAGAAUUGUUUGAAUUCUCUCUUUUAUCCUGAAAAUGCUGGGCAGCAUGAAUCAGAAGUUAUGUGCUAUAAACCCUUUCAAAAUUUGCGCUGCCUUCUAUUGGGUAAUAACAACAUUGGUGAUCUUGCCUCUGUUGACUCAUUAAACUUCUUUCCUAACUUGGUGGAUAUCAGGCUUUCUGCAAACCCAAUAACUGAUUCUAGAGGAGGUGGAGUUCCAAGAUUUGUUUUGAUUGCUCGUUUGGCAAAAAUUCUGACAUUAAAUGGAAGUGAGGUUACUCCUCGUGAAAGGAAGGAUUCUGAGAUUAGAUAUGUUCGGCUUGUGAUCUCAAGGUUGCAUGCUAGUCCUGAAGAAAUCAAACAGCAUCCGAGGUUUUACGAGCUUAAGAAUAUUUAUGGAAUUGAGGAUGAAAGACCUUCAAUUGGAGCUACUGGCCCACAAACAAUCAGCUCAGGAUUAUUGUCUAUUACUCUGAAUUGUGUUGGAGCAUCCAUGGGUGAGAAGCCACCUUUAACAAAGAAGCUGCCAGCAACAACUACAGUGGGCAAGCUGAAAUUUCUCUGUGAAAGCUUUUUUAAGCUGAAGUCCAUGAAGCUACAAUUAUUUCUUCAAGAAGAGGGUUCUCCAUUGCCCCUGCUGCUUGACAAUGACACCUCAUCUCUUAUGGACCUUGGAAUUGGCAAUGAUUCAAUUAUCCUGGUAGACGAAGAAAGUUCAUAAAAAUGUCAGAAAUUUUGUAUAGAGCUUCUCUCGUGCUGAAGACUUCAUCCUGUUCUGACUAGCUGCAAUUACACUUGGGAAAUGACUUUAAAAUGAAUAUACUUGUAUGUGUUACACCUGUUGAGUUGGUCACAAGGUCUUGUUCGGCUUCAGUGGAAGUUCAUUUUAGGGGUUUUGAUGCAUUGCUUAAUUGGAUGGUCUGAUCUCUUGUUCUUUUUAUGCAAUUGCAAACACAUUUGGCUCUUGUGCUCGAGUCGUAUUAUUUGGAAAAUGACCAUAAAAUUGGUGACAUAUAUCCGAUCAAUAGAACAUUCCUAUUUAACCAAAGGGGUUACAUUUUAUCCACGUCUAUAUAGAGU